ACGACGAGUGCAAAAAAAAAGGAAGAAAAAAAAAAAAAAGAUGGAAAAGAGACUUUUUUUUUUAAAAGCCCCAUCUUGACUCUAUUUGACUUUGAUUUUUUCCUUCUUUCUCUCUCCCACUCUUUCUCCCACUCUUUGUCUCUCACCUUUUCCUUGCCUUCUUUCUUACACGCUGAUAUCUAAUCUCUUCUGGACACCUAAUCCUCCAUCUCUUGUUUCCUUCUCUCCCUCUCCCCACCCCUCUCUCUCUCUAGGUCGCUAUGCUGCCUUUUGACCUGGGCGGUACCUCUUCCUCGAGUAACAACAACUAUGAGGAUCCGAACAAUCAACAGCAGCAGCAACAGCAGCAGCAGCAACACAUUGAGGAUCCGUAUGGAUUCUUCAUCAACCAAUCCGUUCCUCUACCACUACCAUUCCUCGAAGACGAUACGUUCAUAUCGCAAUGGCCAUUGUUGAUGGAUCUUCCGCCACCUGACAACCCAAUGGGAUGGAACUACGAACUGGUCGUUGCGCAGCAACCGGUGCUAGGGAGACGUUGUGGAUUCGGCACAAAGGAUCGACGACCCAUUAGUCCACCACCGAUCGUCGAACUGCUGAUAACUACCUCCGACGGCAUGCGAGUCAAAGCAGAAGACGUCGAUAUCUCGUUUUUUGUGGUCCUAUGCGACAACUGGCAAGCGGACGGGAUGACCGAAGCGAAUGUGAUCGUCGAGCCUACGAAACGUAAUCUUGUCGGUAGUCUCGUCGCGUCAGCCAUCAAGCUGUAUAAUGUUCAGGGCCAGAUGGGGAUUUACUUUAUUUUUAGCGAUAUCAGCGUACGUCUUGAAGGGACAUACAGGCUCGGGUUCUCAUUAGUGGACGUGCGUUCACCAUGCAUGUCACCGGAUCAGUCGUCGAGCACACUAUCGAAAAUCUACACGGACGCUUUCACCAUUUAUCCUGCAAAGAGCUUUCCGGGCGUAGCACCACGGACGGAGCUUUCUCAAUGUUUUCUGCGACAAGGCGUGAAGAUUCCUGUACGGAAGGAAGAUGACAGCACAAGCGGCGGAAUCAGCAGCUGCAGCAGUAAAAAGAAACGACCUGCAAGUCUCGACGAAGACGCAGAAACUGGCUAACCAGCAGUAUUCAACUUUUCGGAUAAAAUCAAAACACAAAGACAUCAACGAUAAUCGUAUACUAGACGCGAACGACGAUGAAUACUAGAUGGGACAUAUCAGGACGCCGAUUACUACUACUGCAACUCAUUAUUCUCACUGCUAUGCUAUGAGUACACAGUACAUAGUAGAAGUAGUAGUAGUAGUAGUAAUCAAACAUGUUGUGGCAGAAACGGACAGGCAACAACAUUAUUUAACCCCCCCUCCCCCAAU